AUGGCAUCGAGUCAACUCAGUUUACGGUUUAGGGGUGGGGACGAUGAAAUUGCUAAGGGCGAUCCUCAGGUGAAGGAAUUUUCCAACAGAUUUGAUGUGGACGAAUCGCGCCUCGCUAAAAUCAAAGCUAAGAUCUCUGUGGAGGACUUUGAGUACUUGAAGGGAUUUGCCAACUCCAACAAAAAAAUUGAUGAGAACGACCCACGCCUCGUUGAAAUCAGAGCUAAGAUCUCGGAGGAGGACGUUGACUACUUGAAGGAACUUGCCGACUCCUCCAACCUUGUGCAGGGACAUAUUAUCAGUGUUAAAAUUAAAAUCUGUGCAAUCCUGUAA